UCGAGUCUCGGUCAGCGCAGCGGUAGAUCCAUGAGCAAAGAAAUCAGCGGUUGCAUUUUAUACAGUUAACCCGGACUGAGGGAAAGGAAACAUGCUGGAAUACAAAACUAAAGGCUCAUUUCCAAAUCACACCAACUGGCUGUCUCUUCGGAGAGAGAUGUAUUGGCUUUAGUGCUACAGAGACUACACAGUCUUCCUGUUUUCAGGACAUACCACCCUUAAAAGCUGAUCAGGCCAAAAGGGAGGAGUUGAUGCAUUUCCAAAUUCUGUUUGGAUAAAGUCAUGCAGAGGAGGACAUUAGAUUCAGCCUCUUUCCCACAAAAACACUGAAGCAUGUGCUGUGGAUGUUGAGAUUCCAGACGAUCUAAUUGGAGUUUGCUACAUGGAUAGUCUCUAUUAGGAGGGAUGUGUUGUUUAAAAUAAGUGUGUUUGACCACAAGGAUCUGAUAUCUCUCCACCUUUGACCUCUUUGAGGACAUAAUUUAGGUAUGGCAAGGUCUCUGUGACCUUAAGUAUCCCUGAAAGAAUCAACGGCAGGGUGUAAACAUUUCAUUUGAAUACCAAAGAUACCUGGAAUAUUACAAUCUUCAAUUGUAUAGCAGUUGACCAUGGCAACCAAAUGGAAAGUAUCCAUGGAAACCAAAAACUCUCUCUGGCUCUUGUUUUGGACCAUAUUAUGGAUUUUUUUGGCUGGAGUUUUACAUGCAACCGUGGUUAAUGAAGAUGAUGUCACAGCACGAAUCAGUUUCUCAUAUAAUGCAGAAGGGCGAUCAGUGAGAGAGUUCUCGGUGGAUGGUGUGUAUAACUAUUCAACUCUUCUGCUGAGCCCAGAUAAAAACAAGAUAUACGUGGGAGCCAGGGAGAAUAUAUUCUCUCUCAGCCUGGACAACAUCAGUGUGACGUAUCUACAGAAAACACUCACAUGGAGCACUCCAGAAAGGAAGAGGAAGGAGUGCAUCUUCAAGGGAAAGGACCCCCAGACUGACUGUUUCAACUACAUCAAGAUUUUACUGCAUUUGAACAGCACACACCUAUAUGUGUGUGGAACAUAUGCCUUCAGCCCCAUCUGCGCUUACAUUAACAUUUCAAGUUUCUCUCUGGAAAGAGAUGAAAAGGGGGAACCCGUAAUGGAGGAUGGCCGUGGACGCUGUCCAUUUAAUCCAGAAUCCAGAUCUACAGCUAUUACAGUGGAUGGGGAACUGUACACUGCUACUGUCAGUAACUUCCAGGGAAAUGAACCCACCAUAUAUAGGAGUCUAGGGACUGGCACCCCUCUCAAAACAGAGAACUCUCUCAACUGGCUCCAGGACCCAGCGUUUGUAGGUUCUGCUCAUAUAACAGGUCAAGACAGUGAGAGAAGUGGUGAUCAGAUCUAUUUUUUCUUCAGUGAGAUGGGAAAGGAGUUCGACUUCUUUGAUAACACCAUAGUGUCCAGGAUUGCACGUGUGUGUAAGGAGGAUCAGGGUGGAGAGAGAGUCCUACAGAAGAAAUGGACCACAUUUCUUAAAGCUCAGCUCUUGUGUUCGCUACCUGAUGAUGGUUUUCCUUUCAACAUCAUUCAGGAUGUCUAUGUGCUUCCUGCCCAACACAAGAAAAACACACUCCUCUAUGCAGUGUUCACUUCUCAAUGGAGUAAAGGUCUAGCAGGCAGUUCAGCAGUAUGUGUGUUCAGCAUGGAUCAGGUAGAACAAGCGUUUACUGGCCGUUACAAAGAGGUGAACCGAGAGACACAGCAGUGGUACACACACACUCAACCUGUACCUGAACCACGACCUGGAAUGUGUAUUACUAAUGCUUCAAGGGAGCUGGGAAUAGGCUCAUCCCUGGAUAUGCCAGAUAAGGUACUAAACUUUGUGAAAGACCAUUUCCUGAUGGACAGACCUGUCAAAAGUCAGCCGGUGCUCUUCACGCACUCUGUGCACUACACACAAAUCGCUGUACACCACGUGCAAGGCCUCCACAGAGCUUACGAUGUGAUGUUCAUCGGCACAGAUGAUGGACGUUUGCAAAAGGCUGUGAAUGUAGCUGGUACGAUGCACAUCAUUGAGGAGAUCCAACUGUUCCCAGAAAAACAGCCUGUACAACACAUUGAGCUGGAUUCGGCUAAGGGUUUGUUAUUUAUGUCGUCACACUCUGGUAUUGUGCAGUUGCCUGUAGCAAACUGCAGUUACCAUAACAACUGUGGUGAGUGUGUUUUGGCCAGAGACCCAUACUGUGCUUGGACAGGAACACACUGUACUGACGUCACACGAAUCGCACCACAAAAACAAUGGCAGCAAGAUAUUGAGGAGGCUGACACUUCAAAAUCAAAAUGUAAUGACACCAUGUUCAGUGUGGACUCUGAAAGCUCUGGUAAAACCGUGUUACCACUUAAUUUACCAAAUUCCCAAGCAUCUGAUUGUGAGAUCAUCAUCGUCCCAGCUAACACCCUUCGCCUGCUGCCCUGCAAUCUUCGCUCCAAUCAUGCCCACAGAAAAUGGUCAUACAAGCCAGGUCACUUCCAGUUCCCCAGCCCAGAUGGUGGAUUAGUAGUCAGCGGCCGAGCAGGCGUAGAUGAGGUCUUCUCUUGUUGGUCAGAAGAACAUGGCUUCUGGCAACUUUUGGCCAAUUACUGUGUAAAGGCAGAGCCUUUAUCCGAGACCACAACCAAUACUGGGCAGAUGGAUGCACCUCUUAUAAUCCAAAGCAUAUCAUCAGACAUCCUGUCCGGUGAAUCGGCUCGCUCUGCUCAACCUCGCAUAAAGACAUAUGGCACAGAGCUGGCUGUAGUGUGUGUUUUGUUAGCUGUGUGUGUGCUUUCGUUCGGGCUGUCGGUAGCCUAUAGACACAGGGGCCGGAUGAAGGAGGUACUAAGAGGGGGAGAACAAACUGCAGGAGCCCAAAAGAGCACAGUCAGGCCUGGGGAGAGUGUACCCCUCAAUGCUGGUGUGCUUCCAACCUCCCCAUCCGACCACAAAAGCUACCAGACUUUGGAGGAAAACUGCGGUUACAUAAUCGCUCCAUCAGAUACAAGCACGCAGCACAACUCCAAGGAAGCACAGACACUCGCCCAAACGCCACAGAAUGAGUUCAAAGAAAGUCAUGUGGAGGUCAGUGACAUUUGCCCUCGCCCCCGGGUACGACUGGGCUCUGAGAUCAGAGACUCUGUGGUGUAAAACAUAGACAUUGCCAAUGAGUUUAUAUGAUUUAUGCAUAAACAAUCUAACAAUCUAAAUGUUCACUUGGGCAGCUUUCAUAAAGACUAAGCGUACUGAGCCCUGAGUAUUAAAAAUAGAUGUGACAAGCUCAGUGUGCGAAUUGCCAAAUUUGAGUUUGACAAUGCCCUCAAAUCCACUCACAUCUUCUUUACUCUUUAAUGUUAAAUUUUAAGUUAUGACACAGUUUAUUGUGUUGAAUAAGUUUUGGAACAGAGAUGCCGUCAGAGAGAACAACUGGAGAAAGAGUGGACCAGAUGGAUGAGCAGAGAGAAAUGGGCAACAAGCCUUCUUGUGUGACCGGUACUGGUGCUUUAUCACUGCCAAGACUUGAGUAAUGACGCUUCACUCAAGGUGAAAAAAAUUGUUUUAUAUGUCUAUUUGUAUUACUUUGCCAUUUUUUUGUGCAAAGAUGCAAUGCAUAUGUGUUUAAUGAGGGUAUUUUAAUCUUAAAAGCUGACUAUGAAAACAAUAGCCCAUCCUCUGCAGAUUGUGAUUAUACCAGCAUUGAACACCAGGCAGUUCAACCAGAGAGCUUGUUAGUGUUGCAGAACUUUCUAAACAUUUUUUUUAAUUAUUUUUUUUUUUAUCAAUUUUUAAUUUCUUAGGCCUUUUUGGGAAUUAGUAUGUUAGUGUUUUCUAUUCUGUGAUUCAGAUGUGUUCUUAUUAGUAAAGUGCCUGGUGUUAAAUAAUGGUAUGAUGUGUAUGGAAAUUUUAAAUGCAAAAAAAAAAAAAAUUUGUUUUAGAUCAAAUGUAGCAAGUGUGAAUGAGCAUCAAGAAACAAAGUUUCUAAAUACUUUUGAAUGUACAUUUGAAGAGCACAAGUACGCGAUUAUGUCUUGCCACAUAGGUUGGUGGUAAUUGUGUUCGGUGCAGCAUAUAGUGCAGUGGAUGGAGUCUAAACGGACAGAAAGACAAUGACGCGGUACAAUACAACAAAAUUACAGUCGAGACAGUAUUGUUGACAUUUGGUAAAGAAUGAGGUAUACUGCAAGAGAAAAGAAUGAUACACAUCGUGGAUAAAUUUGAGGAAAUCAUACUUGACUAAUACAGAUAAUGUGGCGAUUCCAGUUGGAAAAGGUUGAAAACGUCUGUAAAUUUGCAAUCUGCUUUAGGGUUAAAAAAGAAAAUUUAGAAGAACAUGGUUACAAUAAUGGGUCAUCCGUACUUAAAACAAACCCUCUCUGACACAAACACUAACUUCGCUAUUAUAGACUUUCUUGGAAAAAUCGUUUUAAACCACAUUAACCGUGACAUGUUUGAUGUUGUUUAAUCAUGUGUUACAUUCCAUUGUGUUUUCAGCUUGAGUGUUUUGAAUGGAAAAUGUAAAGUAGAUUGUGAUUUUAUAUACUUUACACUGUUUUGCUGUUGUUUUACAUUGUACAUUCACGCACUUUAUUUUUUCUACCAGUAUUUGUAAGCUGUAAAUGAGGUAGGCCACUGUCAACGUCUUGGUUUCGUAGUCAAGGUUUGUACAUCAAAAGAAGUUGUAAAAUAGGUCUGAAAGAGUGUCUCCACAGUCUGACAUGCAAAAUAAAAUUUUGCAUAAACUUGAUCGGUCAGUCUGACUGUCUUUCUAAUUAAGGUCAGUUCAUAUGCAGCUGAAGAAAAUAAAAUCAGAGAGCUUCUUA